CUUAAGGAUUAAGGAAGCCGUGGAGCUUGAAUCUGAGUUUUCUGAUCAGACAAAACUGAGAGAGAAACGGGGGACCCAUGAUUUUGUUAUGCUAUUUCAUCUGGUGGAUAAACUGAGCACGAAGUAACAUGGAGAUGCCGUUGGCCUUGCUAUAUAUUCAUCCCUGAAGUUGAUCAUGAGGCACCACCAAACCAUUGUCUCCCAACAAAAGCAUCUGCUCUGCAGCCUCCUCUCAAACACAUCUCAGCCCCCGCUUUUGCCUUUGGAAAUGGCGGAAGCAGUUCUCUUCAGCCUUGCCACUGACAUACUGAAAAGCAUCGCCGCCGAAAUGGCGAAACCUGGAGGUUCCUUCGCUUCUCAGAAGAUCCAGUUGCUCUGCGGUGCCAAGGACGAGCUCGAAAGCCUUAAGGAAACCGUCCAAACCAUCCAAGCUGUGCUUUUGGAUGCCGAGAAGCAGGAAUGGCACAACAACCAGGUCAAGCUCUGGCUCAAGAGGCUCAAGCACGUGCUGUACGAUGUACAAGACUUGCUUGAUGAUGGCGCAACCGAAGAUCUGAGGCGGAAGGUCACUUCCGGCAACAAGAUGUUAAAAGAGGUACGCGUUUUCUUCUCCAAAUCGAAUCAGCUUGCUUACCACCUCAAAGUGGCUAAUAAGAUUCAGGAACUUAAGAAGAAACUAGAUCGGAUUAAAGAAGAUAGGAAGUUCCAUUUAGAGGAGUAUCAGAGUGAGGAAACAAUGGCCGUGAGGAGAGGAAAGAAGACAGUACUUUUCGCACCUGAUAGCGAAAUAAUUGGUAGGGAAGGAGACAAAGAAAUGAUCAAACGACUUCUGUUUGAUUCCUCCUCUAGCCAGAGUCUGUCAGUUGUUUCCAUCGUUGGUAUAGGAGGCCUUGGAAAAACCGCACUUGCACGACUAGUAUUCAACGAUGUGGAAGUAACAAAACAUUUCGGGCUUAAGAUGUGGGUGUCUCUAUCUGAAAUCUCUGAUAUGGAUUUGAUUUUCAAAGAAGUUCUUAAAUCUGCGAAAGAUGACCGUCAAGGGCAUGAUGAUGAGAUGGAACAGUUAUUACAUGAUCUUGAGAAUAAGCCUAUAGGCCAAUUGCCGAGUCUUAUUCAAGAGACUUUACGUAGGAGGAAAUGUUUGCUUGUUUUGGAUGACUUGGGGAAUGAAAACCGGCUUGAAUGGUCAAACUUUAGAGAUUGGCUAAAGAGUGGUGUACCGGGAAGCAAGAUACUUGUAACCACUCGCAACCACUCAAAAGCAAUGGUUAUAGAUGCGAAAUCAGUUGUCCAUAAUCUAAAAGGCUUAUCUGAAGAUAAGGCAUGGGACUUGUUCAAGAAAAUGGCUUUUGGAGAUGGGGAAGAAUCAUUAGACUCUAAAUUGGAGGAGAUAGGUCGAGAUAUUGUUAAAAAAUGUGCUGGUGUUCCCCUUGCCAUCAAAACAAUGGGUAGCCUUCUAUACGCCAAAAAGGAAAAAGAGUGGCCCAAAUUCAAAGAGCAUGAACUUUCAAAAAUAGAUAAGUCGGAACACGGAAUUAUGGAAGUCCUCAAGCUUAGUUACGAUCAUCUUCCGUCGCAUUUAAAACAUUGUUUUGCAUAUUGCGCGUUGUUUCCAAAACAUUAUGUCUUUGAUAAACAGACAAUGAUACAACUCUGGAUGGCACAAGGCUUCAUUGAGUCAUUGGAGGGGAAUGAGGACCUAGAAGAGACUGGGGAUAGUUAUGUCUCGGACCUACUAAGUAGGUCCUUCCUCGAAUUUGAAACGGUUGAUGAUUACACUGGUGAGGUGAAAAUGUUCAAGAUGCACGAUCUCAUGCACGAUCUUGCCUUGAGAGUUGCAGGAGAUGAGUGCAAGAUUGUUAAUCUAAAUGAAGGCAGCAUCAAUGGGGGAAUUCGACAUGCAUCAUUUGCUUCACAAUCAUCCUCACCACAAGAAGUGACCUCUAUUUUUGAACCGAACAAUCUACGAACAUUUCUCUCCCUGAAAGAGAGCAGAACAUUUGUACAGAAUGGGAUUCUCUCCAAGUUUAGGCAUUGUCGAGUGUUGGGCUUGGGCUAUGCGCAUUUUGGUAUCCCUACUUCCUUGGGAAGUCGGUCGAAGCACUUAAGAUUUCUUGAUAUUUCCGAAAACCUAUCCAUGGAGAGUAUGCCAGAUUCAAUCACAGAUUUGGUGAACUUACAGACCCUUAAACUCUGCCGUUGCAAGAGUCUUAAAACACUUCCAAGAGAUUUGAGGAAAUUGAUCAACCUGAGACACCUCUUAAUUGAUGGAUGUGACUCACUAAGCCACCUGCCAUCCCUAAGUGAAGUCCCUUCCCUAAAGACGUUGAAUCUCAUGGGCUUGGAUGCGUUGGAGUUCCUUCAAGAAAUAAGUUACCCAGAGCAUUCUAAUACUACGCGGCCCUUCUUCCCAUCUCUGGAGAGACUAUCCCUCCUCGACUGUCGCAACCUAAAAGGAUGGUGGGGAAGACGGCUGGAGAGACUAUCCCUCCUCAAUUGUCGCAACCUAAAAGGAUGGUGGGGAAGACGGCAAAUGGUGGGAGCAGAUCAGGAUCGUGCACGGUACAAUCCACAAUCAUCCUUCCCAAAACUUUUGUCUGCAGCAAUAUUGGGCUGUCCACACCUGAAUUCAGUGCCACUGUUCCCCUUGAUAGAAUACUUGAACAUUGCUAGCGCGGAGUUGUUGGAACAAGUGAUGGCCGUUCUAGAUUGUCCAUCAAAAGCACCAGUGGAAUCCACGUUCAUCCCUCUCUCUAAAUUAAAGGGUCUACAUUUUGCUGGUGGUGAUUUGGAGCACUCAAUGCUCGAGACUUUACUUCCGGUGCUUAAUAAUCUCCAGUCCAUGAGCCUCAAUGAUUGCACCAAACUAAAGAGUCUCUCUCGUGGCAUGCAGUACCUGUCCUCACUCCAGCACCUCGUUAUUGGUGCUUGUGAAGAACUCGAUUUGUCGAGCCACGAUGACGAGCAUGGCACCCAGUGGCGAUCUCUCGUGAAACUCCGCGUUCUUAGAUUCAUACAACUUCCGAAACUGGUGACAUUACCGGAGGGGAUUCAACAUGUCACUACUUUGCAAUUUCUCGAGAUUGAAUUCUGUGACAAUCUGACGAGUUUGCCCGAAUGGAUUGGUAAUUUCUCUUCGCUCGAAAUGCUUAAAAUUGUUGGCUGCAAGAGUUUAAGGCGUUGUCCUGAAGGGAUUGUCCACCUCACCAACCCAGAGGAGAAAGUUAGAGUCAUCGGAAAUGUCCCGCUAGCGGACAACUUCUUCUUGCAACUACUUACUUCUGUCUUCAGACUCGACUUGCUCGAUGAUAUCCCCUGUGGCGAUGCUGCAUAUUGUUAA